AUGAAUUAUGAGCCAGUGACGCCAAUGAAGUUUCUCAAAUCCAACUGCAUUGGAAAGUUUGUUUGCGUGCGGGGAACGGUCAUUCGCGUGAGCACCAUCAAACCGAUAUUGCUUUCGAUGAACUUUCUCUGUGCAAAGUGCAGAGGAGAAAAAACGGUAACGAUGAAUGAUGGCAAGUUCGACUGUCCUGGGUCUUGCUUGGUAUGUAAGAACAAAUCGAUGAUUCCUGAUAGACACUCUUCCAUCACCACAGACUGGCAGAAGGUAAGACUUUAA